GUUUUCUGCUUCUGUUCCUAAACUGUAUUUACAUGUCAUAGUGGGCAUUUAGUUAUCCAAAUGAGAGCCUCGUUUUCGUCGCAAGGGGAAUUCCCAUCUCAUGUGAAAAGAAAGAUGGCGGAUAACGAAAACACGAAUAGUAGUAGCAGUGUAAUUUCCCCAAAAACAAAACAGAAGAAGAAAGAUGCUGUUCCUGGUGUGAUAUAUCUCAGUAGAAUUCCACCUUUUAUGAGUGUGAAGAAGAUACGGGACAUUUUCAGUGAAUAUGGAGACGUCGAAAGGAUAUUUCUUCAACCAAAUGAGCGAGGAGCAAACACUAAGAAGGGUCGACUGUUUACAGAGGGCUGGUUGGAAUUUAGUAACAAGAAAGUCGCCAAACAAGUAGCAUUAGCAUUGAAUAACACUAAUGUUGGGGGUAAAAAGUCAAGUCAGUGGUACGACGAGCUCUGGAAUAUCAAGUACCUGCACAGAUUUAAAUGGGCUCAUUUAAAUGAAAGGCUGGCAUAUGAGAAAGAAGUACGGAAGCAGCGAAUGAGAACAGAGAUCUCCCAAGUGAAGCGUCAGGCACAGUUUCAUAUUCGCAACGCUGAGGGUCAUCAGGUCAAAGCACACAUUCAGGAGAGGAAAAGGAAACAGGGCAAGCCUGUUGAUGGAGACAAAGAAGGAAGGACGGAUGAAAAAACUUUUGUUAUAGCACAGAAAGAUACAGAGGAUGACCUGAUGUUAAAUAAGAAAAGAAAGUUAGAGGGGAAAAGUGACAUUUCAAACUCAAAGAUGAAAGGGAAAAAAGGCAUAGUGAGGAAAAAGUCUGUAGCUGCACGGUCAUCAUUUCUUAAAAAUAUUUUCUCUGGAGGGCUUGUUGGGGGAGACAGCUGAAUUAAAUACGUUCAUUUAUUUCAUAUCA